AUGUCGGGUACAUACCACAGGACUCCACUUGAACCCUCAUCUCACCAAAAUCUCAUUGACGAAGACGACUAUCCUUCUACAACUCAAAUUUCUUCAACCACUUCACAAGCAACGUUUCCUCUGCAGAGCCUGCAGCCGGCUGUUGCACCAACGUCUUUCAGACCACAGUAUUAUCAACAGAGUGAAGGCGAUCGUAAUUCCCUUACUUUGGCCUCCCUUAACCCAUACUACAACGACGCUCCUGACGACGAAGAAGAGCACGAACAAUUCUAUUCUGACCAAUCGGGUCUUAUGCGCCAGAUAUCUAAUAUGAGUGAUGCUAACUUGCCACUUACCGAACACGCUGCUAGUACCUCGCCUAACGUGACUGAAAUACAAGGACUCAUGGGCGGCAAAUCUGGUGGCAAUAGCGGCAAUGGGGGUAAUGGGGACGAUAAUGUCGGAAGAACAGUGUACAUAAACGAUCCAACAAGAAACGCACCACAAAAGUUUAUUCAUAAUAAAAUAUCAACAGCUAAAUACAAUUUUGUGACAUUCUUACCAAAGUUCUUAUACGAACAAUUUUCAAAAUACGCAAAUUUGUUCUUCUUGUUCACAGGUAUUGUACUGUUGGUUGCAUUCGAAUUGAAUUCUACAAGAGUAUUAGUAAACUCUCAAAUUAAAAACGUAUCACCGACGAACAGAUAUACUACUCUAGGACCAUUGAUCGUAGUGCUUUCGGCAACUGCAUUCAAGGAAAUAUUGGAAGACUAUGUAGGCAUUCUUUUACAUUUUCUCGUUUACGUUACUACAAUUCGUAUCAAAUCGUUAUCAAUGAAACGUCAUAAAUCAGACUCGGAAGUAAACUCUCGCGAAUGCCAAGCAUUACAAGGCUCGCAAUUUCUUGCAAAAGAAUGGAAUAACGUAAAAGUGGGAGAUAUAGUACGCGUCGAAAACGGAGAAUUUUUUCCAGCAGAUUUGGUUUUAUUGAGUAGUUCCGAACCAGAAGGAUUGUGUUAUAUUGAGACAAGUAAUCUAGAUGGAGAAACUAAUUUAAAAAUCAAGCAAGCACCACCAGAGACAGCAGAAUCUACUUCUGCGUUAGAAAUCAGUCGCCUAAACGGCUACUUAAAAUCCGAGCAACCUAAUAACAGUUUGUACACAUACGAGGGGACGUUAUACUUGUCAACACAAAGUGGACAGAAAAAGAUUCCUUUGGAUCCUACACAGAUAUUACUUAGAGGUGCUCAAUUAAGAAAUACCAAUUGGGUAUAUGGACUAGUAGUAUUCACUGGUCAUGAGACUAAGUUAAUGAGAAAUGCAAGUGCAACACCAAUCAAAAGAACUAAUGUAGAAAAAACAGUCAAUGUCCAGAUUAUCUUCUUGUUUUGUAUAUUGCUAGCUAUGAGUUUGGCAUGCUCUAUUGGAAGUGUUAUUAGAGUCGUGAAUUUUAACAGCGAGAUGUCAUAUCUCUUCCUGCUGACUGAUCAAACUGUCCUUGGACAAUUUGGGUUUAAUAUUCUGACUUUUUUGAUUCUAUUUAAUAAUUUAAUUCCUAUAAGUUUAAUUGUUACAAUGGAAGUCGUUAAAUUUCAACAAGCGUCUUUAAUAAACAACGAUUUAGACAUGUAUUAUGAGAAAACAGACACACCAGCGCUAUGUAGAACAAGUAGCUUAGUAGAAGAAUUGGGCCAGAUCGAGUACAUAUUCUCAGACAAGACAGGAACUCUCACGUGUAAUGAAAUGGAAUUCCGGCAGUGUUCGAUCGCAGGCAUAGCCUAUGCCGAUGUUGUCGAAGAAAGUAAAAAAGCUCGUAUUGUUGACGGAGCUGAAGUCGGGAUGUACGACUUCAAUCGAUUGUGUGAAAACUUAAAGAACCAUCCUACUGCGAACGUGAUUAACGAGUUUUUGACAUUGUUGGCUGUUUGUCAUACGGUUAUUCCCGAAAAAGACGAAAAGAACGAAACUGGAGAAAUCGUAUACCAAGCGUCGUCUCCCGAUGAGGGUGCCUUAGUAAAAGGUGCUGCCAAUCUAAAGUACACUUUCACGACACGUCGUCCGAAAUCAGUUAGCAUAACAGCGAAUGGCACUGCAUAUGAUUAUGAAAUCCUCAACAUCUGCGAAUUCAACAGUACUCGCAAGCGCAUGUCAACAGUCGUCCGCUGCUCUGAUGGAAAAAUUAAACUCUAUUGCAAAGGUGCCGAUACCGUCAUCCUCGAACGUCUAAGUGAAGACAAUCCUUUUGUUGAACAGACACUUCAACAUCUCGAGGACUAUGCCACCGAAGGUCUACGUACGCUUUGUAUCGCAAUGAGAGAAAUAUCCGAAGAAGAAUACAAAGUAUGGUCAGGGGUAUAUGAUAAAGCAUCAACUACCUUGGUCAAUAGACAGGAAGAGCUCGAUAAAGCAGCAGAGAUGAUUGAGAAGAAUCUGUUCUUAUUGGGAGCUACGGCUAUUGAAGAUAAAUUGCAAGACGGUGUGCCAGAGACUAUUCAUACACUGCAGCAAGCGGGAAUUAAGAUUUGGGUUCUGACAGGCGAUAGGCAGGAAACCGCCAUUAAUAUCGGUUUAAGUUGUAAAUUGAUUUCAGAGGAUAUGUCAUUGAUUAUAGUGAAUGAAGAGAAUAGACUUGCUACACAGCAGUUCUUGGAGAAGAAAAUACUAGCGAUUAAAGGACGGGCUAACGCUGAUACCGAGCCUCUAGCUCUUGUAAUCGAUGGUCGCACGUUGGAAUUUGCCUUGGAAAAAGAUCUUGAAAAAUCCUUCCUUGAACUUGCCACUUUGUGCAAGGCAGUUAUCUGCUGUCGUGUAUCACCCCUGCAAAAAGCUUUAGUUGUCAAGUUGGUCAAACGACAUCUCAAAGCAAUCCUUCUUGCAAUUGGCGAUGGUGCGAAUGAUGUGUCUAUGAUUCAGGCUGCUCACGUUGGUGUUGGUAUCAGCGGUCUCGAGGGGCUACAAGCUGCAAGAUCUGCGGACGUAGCUAUUAGUCAGUUCAGAUACUUGAAGAAACUGUUGUUAGUGCAUGGAGCCUGGAGCUAUCAGAGACUGAGCAAAUUGAUUCUGUACUCUUUUUACAAGAACAUAACAUUGUAUAUGACUCAGUUUUGGUUUGCAUUCCACAAUAGUUUCUCUGGUCAAGUUAUAUAUGAAUCAUGGACGAUCAGUUACUAUAAUGUGCUCUUUACUGUAUUGCCGCCUAUUGUCAUUGGCGUAUUCGAUCAAUAUGUCAGUGCAAGAAUGUUAGACAGAUAUCCUCAGAUGUACCAGGUUGGCCAGACGGGCGAAUUUUUCAAUGUGAAAAGCUUCUGGGGAUGGACUGUAAACGCAUUUUAUCACUCCCUGGUUUUGUAUUUCUGCUCAAUAUACAUUUUCAGUAAUGAUCUGAUGUUGCCUAACGGACUACUUGCUGGACAUUGGGUAUGGGGUACGACAUUAUACACGGCCGUUCUUUUAACCGUCUUGGGCAAGGCCGCCCUCGUUACCGACCUAUGGACAAAGUAUACGUAUAUUGCAAUACCUGGGUCGUUCAUCUUCUGGUUAGUUUUCCUUCCGAUAUACGCGAUGAUCGCACCAAAACUCGGCGUCUCGGAGGAGUACGAGGGGAUUGUACCCAUGCUUUUCGGCACUCCUGUAUUCUACUUGACUGUGUUAUUAUUACCCACAAUCUGUCUGCUUAGAGAUUACGUAUGGAAAUACGCUAAACGUAUGUAUUCGACAAGAUCAUACCAUACCGUACAAGAGAUACAGAAAUACAACAUACCAGAUUACAGACCACGUAUGGAGCAAUUCCAAAAGGCAAUUCGGAAAGUGCGUGCGGUACAGAGACUGCGACGAAAUCGUGGAUUUGCUUUCUCACAGAACGAAUCAGGACAAGAGACGAGAAUUAUCCGCGCAUAUGAUACGACACUUAAGAAACCAACCGGUCUCUAA